AGUCGGGCGAGGAGCGGACGCCGCUGGCCAGGAUGGUGCUGGAGAGCGUGGCCCGCAUCGUAAAGGUGCAGCUCCCCGCGUAUCUGAAGCGGCUUCCAGUGCCCGAGAGUAUUACCGGGUUCGCCCGACUCACAGUUUCAGAAUGGCUUCGGUUAUUGCCUUUCCUUGGUGUACUUGCACUACUUGGCUACCUUGCUCUUCGUCCAUUCCUCCCGAAGAAAAAGCAACAGAAGGAUAGCUUGAUUAAUCUUAAAAUACAAAAGGAAAAUCCCAAAGUGGUGAAUGAAAUAAACAUCGAAGAUCUGUGCCUCACUAAAGCAGCUUAUUGUAGGUGUUGGCGUUCUAAGACGUUUCCUGCCUGUGAUGGUUCACAUAAUAAACACAAUGAAUUGACAGGAGAUAAUGUGGGUCCACUAAUACUGAAGAAGAAAGAAGUAUAAUAGUAAUGAAUUAGGAUGGAAUUCAAUUCUUUGCUGUAAAAAGUUAUAACAAUAUUUUUGCAUUCUUUGUUUAUAGAAGAUCUUUCAAAUGGUGGUCUUAAUUAUUGCUCCUGGUUGAAUAAUUAUUUCUGCCAAUUUAUUUUCUUUUUACACUACUGUUUAUAUUUGAUACUUUGUAUAUUCAAGCAGUCUUUAUAUAGAAAUUAAAUGACAGUUCUUUCAUUCUGACUUCAAAGAAUUAAUGUAUCUUCCUACAAAAAAAAUCAACAUUUUUAAUUUUAAUUAAUUGAGAAAGUUUUGGCAAUGAGUGCAAACAUCACUGUUCAAACAUCACUGAACAUCAAUAUUUUCAACAGAAUCCAUACUUUAAAUUUAAAUAUCUCCCUCCCCUAUUAAAUAUAUAUAUUUUUAGUACCCUUAUGUUUUGAUCAUUUGCAGUGAUUUCUUUUUCCCCUUUCCAUAUUUCAUUCUUUUUAGGUCAGUGAGAAAAAUAUUGCUGUCAGAAUUGCUUGAGUUUUCAAAGAGAAAUACUCUUUGCUUUUUAAAUAUUGUUCUCUAUAAAUGUGAAUAUCCGAAUUUCAGAAAAAACAGGAACUGGGUAUAAAAAGUUUCAACAAGGAACAAUUAUUUACAUUAUAAAAGACUUGUUUAUAAAAGGUUUGUUUGUGUCUGUUUACAUGUGUUGUGUUUGUGUAUCUCAGAGCCUUCUGACUCCGUGACAAAGUGGGGUAGGAUGGCAAGAAUACUUAGAGCUAAACUCAUGAGCUGCUGCAAUUUGUAGGUCAAUUAAAAAUAAUUAAAAAUAAAGUAAAUCUGGUACAACCGGGUCCCUUUGCUGUUCACCUGAAACUAUCACAACAUUGUUUGUUAAUUGGCUGAACUCCAAUAUGAAAUAAAUAGUUUAAAAAAAUCUGAAUUUAUAUUAAUGUGAUAAUAGUUCAGUGUUCAAAAUUGUAUCUGUAUAAACAUUUUUCUCUUUAUUACAGUGUAAACCAGUAAACAAAAUACAAAAGGUUUGCAAAAUAAACUUAUUGGAGGAUCUUUAAAA